AUGACACUGACGAGACUGGAAUUAUUGAAGCCCCUAGAGCCAAGCCUGACUGAAGUGAUAAUUUCUGUUUCCAUGCAGGUAAAUGGGUAAAUAUUCUGGCUGCUUGCAUUCAUUUGAUUGGUAUCUUCCAAAGCAAAACCAUGAACUGCCACCUAUACCCCCCACCCACCACCACCACAAGUUAGCCCCCGGGAGGUAAGCCCCCCUUUAGCUUAUACUGGGUAUUGAUAUAGAUUUGGUUUAUUAGGGACCUUAAGCAACGAUGAUGACGAUGUUGGCAGUGAAAAUGUCGCUAAAAAAAUGAAUUUGCAUUCUUUCAGACUUAAUCGCAUUUAUUUGGACCCGCUUAACCCUUUAAGUCCCAAUAGUGACCAACAGCAAUUUUCUCCCAACAAUGUCCAUACAUUGUCAAGAGAUAAGGUUGUGAGAAUAUAAAAAAUGAUCAUGAAAGAGAAAAUGCCUUGAUGUUUUAUUAAAUUCUCUCAACUUAUUCUUAAAGGUAAUGUAUGGAGAUCAGUUUGGAGAAUUUGUAUGUGGAUACUGGGGCUUAAAGGGUUAAUAUGGCAAAUGCAGGCGACUUUUCCUGCAACCUUGUUCCCAGGGUUCUCUCCUACCCGCACUACGCCCAUAGGGCGGGUAGGAGAGAACCCUGGGAAUGAGGUUGCUUAAGGAUUUUAUUCAAGUUCAAAAAGAGGAAGGAAAAUUUGUCGUCGUAUGUCCAUGUCCUCCAUAAAAUGUCAAAUUAGGAGGUAAACUUCACAUUGUAGUUGUGUAGUGGACAUCAAAGAAAUGUACUAAAAGCGUGAUGCACGUGCAGAGCUGUUGUUUUGAUCAUUACAUCUAUUGUUUUUUGAAGUUGUCGUCGUUGUCAUCGUCAUAGUUGCAUAAGCUCCAUAUUAGUUAUGACAUUUUGAAACUUAAUUGAAAACCAGUAAAUAUAAUAUGAUUCAAAUGAAUUUUGAUCAGUAAUUAAAUAUGUGACCGUACACGGGAAAACGUACUUAAACGCUUAUCCGUUAAAUGGGCAAAACCAUUAGUCAUCCGUUAGUGGCCCGUUAGAAAGUUUUCUCAAAAACGCUAGAGGCAUUAACAGAACCGUUAGCUUUAAACGUCAUAGCGUUAGAACGAAAAGUUUACCCGUUAGCCAAAGUUCUGUUUCCGUUAGCCGUUAGCAUCAGAACGUUAGAGCAUUAGUUGUAUCCAUUAGAACGGCUGGCAAAGGCGUUAGAAAAAAUCACACCUUCCUGCCUUGCUUUGAAGCAUUAUUUUCUUAUUCCAGUUAUAAGCCCCUUUGGAUACAAGCCCCUCUGUUUAUAAGCCCUUCUUAUGAAGAUUUAUUAGCCGACAUCUUAUAAGCAGCAGCUUACAGUAUUGAAUUCCAUCUGGGUCAGCGUGGAAGUAGAGGAACUCUGCUUCAGUAUAAUUUAGUCACUUACUUGAUCACUUUCACCUUAAAGGGGCUAUUUGUUUUUUAAGACUUUAUUUACCAGUAUUUAUGUCAUUUGUUCCUAUGGAUGGCAAGAAUGCACGUGGAAUAAAACAUGGACAUGGAAAAACAAAAAUUAAAAUUGAUCAUUUCAGAAACAAUUUUCUUCAUAUAAUAAUAUUAUUGCCUUAUUAUAGAGUUCUCGCAGGAUUCUGAGAUCCAAUGAAAUUGUUCUUCCAUCCUCGGGUCUGAUUGACACUGAACUGGAUUUGUCCUUCUCACUUCAGGUCAGUUGAUAGUACAUAUAAUUAUAUCCUCUUUUAAAUACAUACAGUCGAACCUUGGUAAUAUGGCCACCAAUCGGCAAUGAGUCAAAAAAAUUUGGCCGUAUUACUGUGGCAGGCUCAAAUCUCAUGACUUGAGGUCCGUAAUGGCAAAUACACCGUACACCCCAAUUUUGAACAACUAUUCUCAUUAAUAAACAUCUGGGCCCAGUUGCUCGAAGCAUGGUUAGCGUUAACCAGCGUUGACACCAUAUUGGUUUUGAUACUGCUUAACCAAUGGUUAAAGCUAACCAUGCUUUGAACAACAUUACUAUGCCCUGGAAUGAAAAUAUCACGUACAGUAAUUGAAAAAGCCACUUAAAAUUUUCCUUCAGUACAUGAAACUCUUUUAAAAUUCAGUGUACUGUAGUCUAAAAACAGUACAAGAUUAAGCUCAGAUUACUUAAGGUCAAUAAAAUUGACAAGUUACAGGCAUUUUGAGUAGCCGUAUUAAUGGGGUGAAAUUAUAAGAGAUUCUAUCAUUCUACUUUGCUGGGCCAAAAAAACUGGCCGUAAUGUAAUAUAUAACGAGGUGACUGUGUUACCGAGGUGGCCGUAAGGCAUGGUUCCACUGUAAUAUUAAUUUUGUUUUGGUGAAGUAACUUUUAGAGGUAGUAUCACACACCCUGGGAACACUUCAGGUUAGGUUGAUUUCUUUCAUUUUACUUUACCUACAUGUACAUGUAUAGUACCCGCACUUUUUGAAGAGAGCUGGGAACAACCUUCAGGUAAUGCUUCAAAGACGAAAGAAAUACAAGAAUCGCACCAUCCUUGGGUUCAAAACUUUGGCUGUUGGAUUGGUAAACAUGGGUCAGGUGAGAGACUGACUGCAGACUUACAUGUAAUUACCUGUUGCUCUGUUGUUGUUGUUUUCUCAACCCUUUCCAUCUCAGUCGUCUUUUAAAUGACAGUCUUUAUUAUUUGAUCUGUCUGAUAAUCAUUUCUAAGCGCUGUUAAUCGGGCGUAGCCAAAUUUUAGUCGGACACUGUCAAAAUAACUGACACUUUUUAACAUUUGUACCUGGCUCUGCAAAUCCUAAUCCUAAAGUUUGAAUGGUCACUUUUUGUGCAAGACGUACACAUGUAUGGUAAGGCUUAAAUGUAACAGACAGAGGAAACUGAGUUUCAAACCAGGUGGAAAUCGUUUUAACCUUAACUACAGUAAACUAAAAGAUCAGUAUCCUAUUCUAUUAUUAGGGUGCAUUCAAAAGACAGUAUUUAAUAAUAAAUGGAAUAAAACUCUGAAAAUCACUAGUUUUUGGCAGUAUUGGGCUGUAAAAUCCAGAAAUCUGGUGGGCAAUAAUAACAGUUAAUUAAUAAUUUUUAGCAUUCUGAUGGUCAAAAAGUUUGCAGUUGAAGAGAUUUUAACACCAAUUUCAGUGUAUUCUUACUCCAGAAUGAGAUCAAUCAAAUGUGUCCUUAGAAUAUUAGGUAACAUUUUUAUAUUGUGAUUGUUAUUACAUACUUAAUGUUGUUUCCAGGUCCUUCAGCAUGCAGUAGAAAAUCAGUUAAAGUUGUACACAAAGGGAACACCUGUCCCUGUGGCACAGAUUACUGUCAACUCUCUUACUAGGUUGGUUGUGCUUGGGUAAAACUACAUAACUUUUCGUGGUAGCUUUUUCUUCUUGCAAUCUACAAUCAGUUACAAAAUUGUUGGUCGCAACACUGCAGUUGUCAUGUGAGGUAUAGUUUGCCCUCUCUCCCCAAGCAAUGUUGACUUGUUCAUUUGGGUUGUUACUUCUGAGGCUUUUCUUUUUGUUGGCCAAAAACUUUUAUCUUAAUGAAAAUUGUACAAAUGUAGUCAGUAUCUACCUCCACUAAGUAACGUCCAAAUAUUAGCUUUUGAAGGUGGUUUCUUAUAUGGCCAGUUGAAGUUGUCUGUAAUGCAGCUACUAUGGAUCUCCUCUGUAAAAGAUUUCUGCUUAUGUUCUAAUUGGCAGUGAAAAUGAUUGCGCUUUAAAGUUAGUACAUGUACAUGUACAUUUUGUGAAGAAACAGUUUUAAUCAUUGAAUGCAAAGUAAUUAGCUUAUUUCCUGUGUAUUCACAGCCAGCCGGUUGAAACAGAUAGAAUGACUGGAUCAGCAGUAAGAGGUGCGUACAGUAGUAAAAUACAUAGUGAGAGACUUGAUAAUUUUACAAAGUUUGAUAACCAUUGGAAUUUAAUAAUGUGUUGUGUUUUUUGUUCAGGUGAUGGUGAUGAGAACUCUAGUGAUGAUGAUGAUGAUUACUCGUUAUCAGACCAGGAAGCAAGUGACAGUGGUGGAGANACAGGGUUUGCAAAUUUUAUUGAUUCAUGAGUGGAGUCAGUGUGACUUCUGCUUCACAAAUUUUGGAGUCAUUUUGGAAUAUUUGGAGUCAAGUAUCACAACGAAAAAAGCCAUUUUCAGACUUUCCAGCACAUGGCCCUGGCAUGUAUACACUAUCGUGAAGGAUACACGAAGUAGCUGUGGCAGACUUCUGACCUGGAAAGUUCAAAUCCAUGAUGGCAGUCAUCGAGUAAACUUUGCUCGUAAUUUAUCCUCUUCUGUUUUGUGGUGCAGUAUAAUUCUUUAAUUUUGAUGAUUCAAUUAAGGUUUACAAUUAACGUAAAUUGUAUUUGUCGUGAAAAAGGUAAGGACAAAACUGUGUUUGUUACCGAAAAUUUCUGGAGUCGAAGUGACUCCCUCCGUAAACUCAGUGGAGUCAUCUGAACAAUUUUGGCAUAAAAUAUGCCAAAUUUGGCGUAUUUGCGAACCCUGAUGGAAUAUAAACUCUGAAAAUCACUAGUUUAAUCUGGCAAUCAUUGGACUGUAAAAUCCAGAAAUCUGGUGGGCAAUAAUAACAGUUAAUUAAUAAUUUUUAGCUUUCUGAUGGUCAAAAAGUUUGCAGUUGAAGAGAUUUAACACCAAUUUCAAUGUAUUCUUACUCCAGAAUGAGAUCAAUCAAAUGUGUCCUUAGAAUAUUAGGUAACAUUUUUAUAUUGUGAUUAUUAUUACAUACUUGUUGUUUCCAGGUCCUUCAGCAUGCAGUAGAAAAUCAGUUAAAGUUGUACACAAAGGGAACACCUGUCCCUGUGGCACAGAUUACUGUCAACUCUCUUACUAGGUUGGUUGUGCUUGGGUAAAACUACAUAACUUUUCGUGGUAGCUUUUCUUCUUGCAAUAUACAAUCAGUUACAAAAUCGUUGGUCGCAACACUGCAGUUGUCAUGUGAGGUAUAGUUCGCCCUCUCUCCCCAAGCAACGUUGACUUGUUCAUUUGGGUUGUUACUUUUGGGGCUUUUCUUUUUGUUGGCCGAAAACUGUUUUCUUAAUGAAAAUUGUACAAAUGUAGUCAGCAUCUACCUCCACUAAGUAAUGCCCAAAUCUUAGCUUUUGAAUUAAGGUGGUUUCUUAUAUGGCCAGUUGAAGUUGUCUGUAAUGCAGCUACUAUGGAUCUCCUCUGUAAAAGAUUUCUGCUUAUGUCUUAAUUGGCAGUGAAAAUUAUUGGGCUUUAAAGUUAGUACAGGUACAUGUACAUUUUGUGAAGAAGCAGUUUUUAUCAUUGAAUGCAAAGUAAUUAGUUUAUUUCCUGUGUAUUCACAGCCAGCCGGUUGAAACAGAUAGAAUGACUGGAUCAGCAGUAAGAGGUGCGUACAGUAGUAAAAUACAUAGUGAGAGACUUGAUAAUUUUACAAAGUUUGAUAACCAUUGGAAUUUAAUAAUGUGUUGUGUUUUUUGUUCAGGUGAUGGUGAUGAGAACUCUAGUGAUGAUGAUGAUGAUUACUCGUUAUCAGACCAGGAAGCAAGUGACAGUGGUGGAGAUGCUGUAAGCACAGCUAGUUUAGUUUGCUUUAUCUCUGUGUGCUUGGACCACAACACAAAAAUUCUCUUUUCAUCACUUACAAUGUAAUAAGUACAUUUUAGCCACCUCCAGUUCUGAUACAGACUCGGCCCCUUUGCAUCUAUCCCGCCCGCCCACCCACCCCCCACAAAAAAAUCAAACUUUUUUUCAUAUUCGUUAGUGGUUGUGCACAAAGCCUUGUUUUGAUGAAGGAACUCGAUUUUUCUUUCAAGGAUAUUCUUGAUGUGGAACAGAGACAAGGAGGUAAAAUAAGGCGUGGAAAAAUAACAAUACCAGCCAAGGUAAAUAAAACCAAACUUUCAUGUUUAAAAUUUUGUUUUAACUCUGUUGAUGUGAUUAUAUUUGUACCAAAAAUUGACAUAAAAAGUGAGUUAAGAUUUUCUUUAUGUAAAGAAACAAUGCAUCAUGUUUUGAAGAAAAUGUAGAUUAUUAAUACAUUGAAAUGUAUCUGUAAUACCUGUAGUAUAGAACUUUUUAUGCUGUUCGAAAAAUCUUAUUAUAAUGGAGUAAAAUUCAUCUUAUCAGUCAUUACUUUCACAAAUAACAGAUUCUGUGUAGUGCACUUUUUUUAGCAACAUAGUUACAUAUCAAAGCUGCAGGGCAGGUAAAGUGGAUCAUCAGACAAUUUCUUACUAAAAAUUGGCACAUUUCUCACAAGGUCAGAUGUGAUGUCUGGACAAAGUUAAUAGUUAAGACUAUUAUUUUUAAUUUUCAUAUGAACAAAAUCUACCUUAAACGUUCGUGAAUAAUUUACGAAUACUGAAGAUACAUUUAACUUUUUUUGUCAUUAGAUAGUAGUAUUGUAGUGAAUAUGUGGUGCAGCUGUGUACUUGCAAUUUAAGAUACGUACAUGUAAUGUGUCCUUUUAGGGAAUUGGACUGCAUUUUUGUUUUUUGUUUUUUUUUUUUGACAAAAAUGGUUUCUUAGAUAGACAUAUGCCCUUUUAAUAAUAUUUUUAUCAUGUAAGUGCUGGAAUUUUAUUUCUUUGACUGAUGUGCCCAAGGAGUUUGAUGUUAUAUUCUUUUUUUAUUAUUUAGCACCAGAAGAAUUUUAAACAAAAGUUCAUUGCACUCCUUAAGAAGUUUAAAGUCCCAGAGGAGGUGAGUCUAUUGUGUGAUUGCAUGAGAAAAGAAGAGUUAGAUUAGAGAAUGAAACUUGUGGAAAUAGCCCCAUGGGUAUCUACUAAAUUGCUUGAUAUUCCCUCCCAAAUGACCCCAUAUUUGCUAAUGAAACAAAAGGGGGUCAUUGUAUAAAAAAUCGUCAAGGGUCAUGCAUCCCUUCAAUUUACCCUUGAGAAUAUGUUUGUAGCUGACUAAAAUCCUCUCGGAUAGCCUGCGAGCAAGCUCUUCGGGGCACUCUGGUGGCAGGGCAGGAAAAGGAAGGAGAACUUCCAACUAUGUCUCUGGAAUUUGAAUAUCUGCAUCAGAAAUGUCAAUGCAAAAUGGUGAUUGGCAGAGAUGACAUGAGCAAAGAUGUCAUUACCCUUGGUGCGUGCUUUCACGUGUUUUUCAAUGUGUGUUUACAUUCAUGCUGGUUUCCACUUUGUGCUGAUUGGUCGAAAUCUGACAGCUCAGUCAAUGUGGAGCCACUGGGGAAUUGGAGGCAGAAUUCAAAUUUCAGAGACAUAGUUGUAAGCUCUCCUUCUUUUUUUCUGCCCUGCUGCCAGAGCACCCUGGAGCGCUUGCACACAGGCUACCUCUGUGACUUCUAGACAAUCAACGGUGUCACCACUCAAGCAGACUACUGUAUUUUACUCACUUGUUUAAUUAUUUCUUGAAGGCAUUAGUUAAUGAGAUGGGAACUCUUCAGGAUAUGGAUAUCAGCCCUCCAGAAAACGAUGAGGCAGGGGAUGAUUUUCUCUUUCCUGAUGAUUUGGAAGACUUGGACAGUGAUAUGGAAAAUAACCUUCUUGAAGACUCCAUAAGUAUUGUGUCAACACCUAAACCUUCUCUCAGGUAUUAAAUAUGGUAUUUCAUUAAAAUCCGUUUCAAACACCCAGUCAUCAUUAGGUCAGCUUUUUGGUCAUACUUGUCAACUGGUUUGCCCCAGCCCUACCCAACCUUGAGAUUUUAUCAUCAUGUUACAAAACAAUGUCUGUUUAUUUUGAUUACUUGAAUGGAAUGCUUGUUAACUAGCAAGAGCUGCAUGUGCACUUUACUAAAAAUAAGACAUACAGUGGAUCUGUCAUUUGUCUUGUUUUACAUUUUGUUUAAGUUACUGUAAAUAUCAGCUGUUUGAGUUUUGGAAUUCAUCAUUAUUUAUAGGAAUUAGCUUGCGUGGCAAUCGUUCGAAAGGGAAGGGAAAGGGGAUUUUGGGCCAAAUUCCCUUUCCCUUACGUUUCGAACGGCUGCUACACAGGUUAUAUAGGAAUCAUUUGACCAGAUUCUUUCUUUACCACCAGUUGCAAAAUGUUGAGGCACUUUGAAGAAAAACUGGCCUUUUUUACUUUAAAUUGCUGCUGGUCACACUUCUCUGAGAUAUAACACUCCCUCCCUCCCUCCCCUCCCUCCCCUCCAUUCAAAGUUGCUCAUCUAAGUUUUGAGCAUGGUCUUUUACUACUACCCAUGACUACCAACUUUGUACAGGGGAGAAUGGGGAAUCACAAGCACAAGAUCGUGGACAGGCCAUAUGAACCUCACAAAACGUGUCCCAAGUAGUUUUUGCAACUGGUUUUAGCACUUCAAAUACUUCAAAUGCCAGCUUCAGAUUCUUUCAGAAUGGUCAAGUCAACUUAUUGAUGCCGUUGAUAAAACACAUGACUUCGUUUUAUUUGUUUUUAGACCNAGCCCUCCAGAAAACGAUGAGGCAGGGGAUGAUUUUCUCUUUCCUGAUGAUUUGGAAGACUUGGACAGUGAUAUGGAAAAUAACCUUCUUGAAGACUCCAUAAGUAUUGUGUCAACACCUAAACCUUCUCUCAGGUAUUAAAUAUGGUAUUUCAUUAAAAUCCGUUUCAAACACCCAGUCAUCAUUAGGUCAGCUUUUUGGUCAUACUUGUCAACUGGUUUGCCCCAGCCCUACCCAACCUUGAGAUUUUAUCAUCAUGUUACAAAACAAUGUCUGUUUAUUUUGAUUACUUGAAUGGAAUGCUUGUUAACUAGCAAGAGCUGCAUGUGCACUUUACUAAAAAUAAGACAUACAGUGGAUCUGUCAUUUGUCUUGUUUUACAUUUUGUUUAAGUUACUGUAAAUAUCAGCUGUUUGAGUUUUGGAAUUCAUCAUUAUUUAUAGGAAUUAGCUUGCGUGGCAAUCGUUCGAAAGGGAAGGGAAAGGGGAUUUUGGGCCAAAUUCCCUUUCCCUUACGUUUCGAACGGCUGCUACACAGGUUAUAUAGGAAUCAUUUGACCAGAUUCUUUCUUUACCACCAGUUGCAAAAUGUUGAGGCACUUUGAAGAAAAACUGGCCUUUUUUACUUUAAAUUGCUGCUGGUCACACUUCUCUGAGAUAUAACACUCCCUCCCUCCCUCCCCUCCCUCCCCUCCAUUCAAAGUUGCUCAUCUAAGUUUUGAGCAUGGUCUUUUACUACUACCCAUGACUACCAACUUUGUACAGGGGAGAAUGGGGAAUCACAAGCACAAGAUCGUGGACAGGCCAUAUGAACCUCACAAAACGUGUCCCAAGUAGUUUUUGCAACUGGUUUUAGCACUUCAAAUACUUCAAAUGCCAGCUUCAGAUUCUUUCAGAAUGGUCAAGUCAACUUAUUGAUGCCGUUGAUAAAACACAUGACUUCGUUUUAUUUGUUUUUAGACCUUUCUUUGACCCUAGAAGCUCAGUUGAAAAUGUUCCAAAUCAUGUCGACACUUUGGUAAGUUAUUUUGAUGCAUAACGUCAUUAAGGGGCAAUAUUCCAGCAAAAUUUGUCUGCAAUUAUGGCGAGCGAAGCGUCUCCUUUCGCGUGCGACUCUCGCAUAACUUCGCGCAAAAACCGGUCGUUUCGAUACAAGUCAUUUUGAUACAAGCAGUGAAAUUGCACAAACAUUUUGUUCGCUUUAUGUAUAGUUUGCGAGUGAACAAGAAAAACAUUUUGGGUGAAUAUCUUCGUUCUUUAAGCCAAGUAUGUGGAACUGUUUACACUUCGAAUGAAUAAACUUGUAUCCAAACGACUUGUAUCGAGACAACUUUGUAUCGAAACGACCAGUAACCCUUCGCGCGACUCCCCCAAAUGUAGAGCUUGCUUGCAGGCUUAGGGUGAGGUUACACGGGACAAUUCGCAACGACAAUUUCUAGCGCAGCAAAGCGUUACAAUGUUGAAACAAUGCUGCAACCAUUGGAAACAAUAUCGCAACAAUGUUGCAACGCUGUAUUGCGCAAAAAAUCGUCGUUGCGAAUUGUCCCGUGUAACAUCACCUUAAAGAGAGUGAGCAACAUAAAACUGGGAUAUGUCAAUGGCAAGCAGGCUAAUUGUUAUUUGUUGAUGCUGAAGGCUGAUUUGCCAGGCACUGAUAAUUUUUUUGUGACACAAGCUCAACAAUAAUUGGUUAAAUUUCAGUGAGUAGCUUGUUUUGUUGAAUAAUGUUCUGGUACAUUAGAUUGACGAAGAAGAGCUCAGAAGUCCGCCGGCGUCAAUUCAGGUGCAGGAAGCUGACGAUGUUCGAGUAGAUCAUGAAAUGGUGAGUUUUGUUGAAAUAAUGUAUCAGUUAAUGAGUUUGUGGCAGUAGCAUUGUUAUACAUGUAAGUUCACUUGUUUGUUCGUUUGUUUGUGCGUAGGACGUUGUAAGUCCACCUUCUGACGGAGAAAAUCUUUCGGACUCGACGAACACGUCAGACGCUUUGUCGGGAGGAGGCUUGGACGAGACGCCGUCUGUACGACGCAGUGUGUCAUUCAAGGAAAAAAGAAAUUUGGAUGACUCGGACACUUUAACCAAAAGAAGAAACAGCGAUAUCGAUCUGCAGGUGGGUGUAAAGCCAUUCAUAUUUUGCUUGUUCUCCAUUUAUAUAGAAAAUGCAGUUAUAAUCAAUCAAUUAAAUAAUCAACUAUUGAAGCCGAAGAUGCUGAAUGUGUUAUUCCUGAUUUCAGCUACCGAAAGUCACGUUAAACGAACAAUUGAGCAGUGUGUUAUCAGGGGAUAUUCCUGAGUCCAUUCUGUUGAUCAAUACUGCCGAGUGGCAAGGACAGGUAAGGAGGGACGUCUUCUGGCAAUAAAUACUUUUAGGUGCAAUUCCCAGAAUGAUAAAUGUAUGUGUGUUUUCAACGCAAAAACAGAUGAAACGUUUUCCGUCCGUCCUAUGUCGUUUCCUGAACUUGCGAUAAUCUCCUUUACGUUUAAUUCUGCAUUCCGCAGUUCUAAUAUAUGAUUUUCAUAUAGCAUUUUCUGAUCGAUUUCCUUCUCACUUUCACCAUCUAGAAUAAUCUGGACACAAUUUGAAAACUGAACGAAAGGUCCUCAGCUCUUGGCUGUCGACGAAGCAACUCGCCCUAACAUGACCAUCUCAUGACUAUUUUGUGUCAGUGUUUUUCGAAAAUCCUCAUGUUCGACCCACCACUUUACACCACUUAGCCCCUGUUUUCAAUUCAGUUUCGCCCUGGUGGCCCUUUCUGGGUGACCAAAGACUCCGUUUGGCGUCUACGGUAGGUGGCAUAGAGGAGAAAAGGGAUGUGUUUUCAAUUCGCACGCGUUUUGUGUUUAUGUAAUAGCACUCUCAGAAUGCUGUUUGACGUUAUGAGGUUUAAUGUUUCCCUCUUCUGUUUCUGCAGCUGUUGGCACUAAAGCUCUGUGAUAAAGCUGUGAAGAUGAUUUGCACGAGAUCAAGUUCAGACGUACAUGCAGUUUUCUUGGCCAUCGUUAAUAAAUAUCAGAAAUUGUAAGAUGACACCAAUUUUCUUUUAACCUUCUGUGUCACGUUGUGUCUCAUGUUAUAUGCCUUCUUUCUCGUUAGCUGUAAUACACAUCCAAAGUCAACCCGACAGCUGAGUGUAGCGAUCGCCGGCACAGAGUCCUACAUCAGCGCUGUACUUCAGCCUUACGUGGAACACUUCGCUUCCAAGCCAUCAGAUUGGCAAAAUUUUCUUCGCUUUCUCGUUAUUCCCCUCGGUAAGUUAAUACAACUACCUUUUUUAAAAGGUAAUACCGACGGACUUAAAUUUGUAUGCGAUAGACUAAGCCUCCCUCACGGGUGUAGUAUAUAUUUGUUUUGUACCUCAUGACAGGUCACUUGGAUAAAUCUCUUCUCCCUAUGCCCUUUUUUACUUGAGCAACCAUUUUUCUCCAUUUUAAGAUUUCAUUUUAAGGCAAGAUACACAUGUGCAUAUCGCGUGUCAAUUUUAGGACACAAAUUUUCCUUUCUUGUUCCGUACGUUUCUAUUAGUCUUAUUAGGGAGAAUUUGUUUAAAUAUUUUAGAGAAUGUAUCUUGGGUGAUCAGAGACUAAAUUUUCAUAACCUCUAUGGUUGAAUCACUGUUGGGGCUUGAAGAGUUAACCCAAUUUUUUUAUGGUUUACAGACAGUCAACCUUUAGCCAAGUAUAUCGCGUCGUUGGAUCCGAGGUACAGCUCUCUCUUCAUGGACAAUGUUUGGAAAGAAGCGUUUGAACACUCCGACACGACUGUCGGUGAGUCUGUAGCAUACUUUUUCUGUCUGUUGAUAAUGAAAUCUGAUUAUUUUGUAAUGAUUGUAUAUUAUUCGGCAGCUGGUGCGAGUGAUCAGCUCGUCAGACCCGCAAUCCGGUGUUUCCUCUCAGACCACUAACUAGCUGGACUUAUUACUCGGCUGGCAUUGUAGAUGUUUUCUUCCGGUUCGUGAAUGUUUCUACUCGAAUAUCCGCCAUAUUAAAUUCUAAAAAGUUGGGGUGUUGACAGAGGCAAGUCAGCCGCUCCCCCUCCCCCCCUUCCUUCCUCCCCCUCCCCCUCCCCCUCCUCCAUCUCCUUCCUUCACCCUAACACUUAUUUCUGGGCGCCUAUUUCUACUUUCCUUAAUCUUUCUCAAUGAUGAAAUCAAAGAUGGCGGUCACGACGUAACUAACAUAAACAAUUGCUUUCGCCCGCCCGAAAAAUACGCCUGCAUUGGGCGCUACAGUCCUUUGUUUAACUCCUCAGCCAUGUUGUACACUUCAACGUAAACUUCAAAUUUGGAAAUGUUUAACUCCCCUCCGAACGACCUUGCUGUCUUUGCCAAUUGAAGUGCCUGAAAAAGGUUGUAACUUCCCAUGACACCUCCUAUUUAACUCCCUAUGACACGAAUUUUGAUGAUUUUGUCAGUAGGUGCAGAGACAACCAACAAGUUUUAUGGCCUCGUAUUGUUAAUUUUUUUUUUCUAUUGAGGUGUUUUCUAAUUUCUUCCUACAAACGUCUGGUAGGCAGAUUUGUUAACACUUUCAGCUAUUUUUAAGCUGCUUGACCGCUCUGUAGUCUUAGUCCCACGCCAACAGCAUGGUGUUUUUUUUUUUUAAUUAUAGACUUUGAGGAAGUCAGCAGACGAGUCAAAACCUUCAUGUCAACGGCCACUGUCGCACAUAACCUGCCGAUUGCUGAGGCACUUGUAAAUACAAAACCAAAAGGGUUAGUAAAAAUUCAAUAGAUCUUAACCUCCUUCCCAAGAUUUAAGGUUCCUCUUUAAGCAACCCGAGCCUGUUGUCUGCUAUUGUGUUGUUUCCUCCUGCGAACAAGCUCUCAGGACAGUCUCUGUGUUCGACCCGCGGGCGAACGGGAUGGUGGGAAUGAGACGAGGGAGCUGUCCUUUGUUCCCUUCCCUCCCCCACUUCCAAACCCAACCAAAGAACUCCCAGAAAGAGAGCGUGCUCCCAUGCUUUCCACUUUGUCGCCAAAGUUUCGUUAGAUGAUCUGUAAGAGAAAGUACUGAUUGUUCGGCAGUAACCGAGUGACAGACUAGGGUGAAGAGGGAAGGCUAAUAUUUUUGUUCCUUUAUAGCACGACUUUUCAGAUUGCACUUCCUUUAUCUCAGAGCAUAGAAUGUAGUGUUUUCCUUCCUUGGUUCAUGGAUUGCGAUUAUUCGCAUCUAUGUAAAUCGUGUAUCUCUGUAUUUUUCCUUAAAGCUGAUUUUUCUUUUUUUUGUCUUUAGGUCUGAAGAGGGCUCAUCGCAAAUAUUUCUACCAUUUGUUUGUGUAAGUAUAAGAGUGACAGAAUCUUCUCCCAGAUUUACGUUUCAUUAAAGACUAACGGAAAUUUAUGGGAUUGACUAUGUUUGCUGUUGUGCAAAGUUAAGGGGUUCCCUUUUGGAUCCAGUUUCCUAAAAUUGGUAUCUUGCGUAUUUUUCUUACAGGACGUCAGGAUUGGUUCAACAGAUCAAGGUAAGCGACACGGGACAAUGCUUGGCCUUAACUGAAAUGUAACCUGGAUGCGUACCGGCUUUUAUAACUUUUGCUAAAAAAAGCUAUAAAGAUUCCUUCUACUCGUUAGUUGCUGGAUAAUGUUGGGUUGGGCGGAGUCGCCGGACAAAUGUCGUAGCUAAGGAACUAUGGAGCAAAGGCGGCGAAGUGGUGACAGCACUCGCCUGGCCUGAGUUCGAAUAUUGGAGGCAACAGUUUGUUGUUGAUUUUCGCCCUUGCACCGAGAAGAUUUUCUCUGGGUGCCUCGGUUUUCCCUUCUUGUCAGAAAUGAAUUCCCAAAUUCCAAUUCGAUUCUGAUGGGUGAACAAAGGAUCACCUCGUGGAUGAGCCACCUCUGAAUUGUUAUUUAUUCAUUCAUUCAUCCAUUCAUUUGGUUGUUUGUUUACUUAUUUAUUUCAGUAUUCAGUAUUCAGUAUUUUCUUAAGUUUACAGGUUAUGCCAAUGUGCCGCCAAAUCCGCGCCCCGUGAUCUACUAUUCAUCAAUAGUUGUUCUCAUCGUCUUUUAUUUCGUUUUUGCAUUGUAGCAGACGACGAACCUGUAGCAACCACUAGCAUGCCUACGAGUACCGGAGCUAAGAGCAUCGGGACAAAUUUGAGGGCUGAAAAUCAGGGACCCGCCCUAGGAAGUCCCCAGACGCCCCCAACUUUAAACGCUCCUUCGACAAGGUACGUGCGGUGUAAGGAGUAAAAUCAGUGCUAGAGUAAACUUGUGAUCGUUUUGUUUUCUAUGGUGUGAAUUGUGCCCUAAAUCUUUUCCUAUGCAUUCAGGGGCGUAAAUGAUCUCUGGGUAUGACCCAGUGUAAUAUAGCGUCAUGCGUCAGAGUGUACUAGGCUGGAGAGUAUUUGUUUGACCGUUCGCCUUACCACCUCUUCGUUAUCAUGACCCAGUGAUUUUUGGCCCGAGUAAAGGCUCACUCAUUUCCUUAAUCUACAACCUCGAAGAUGUUACCACUUCGUUAUUACAAACAACCACCAUGUUUUGGAGUCUCUAAGAGUUAUUGCCUUCACUUUUACCUCUUGACUACAACUUGACUUACCUUUGCGAGUUCUCUCAUUUGACUGCGGUGAAGAUCUCCCUCUUUCUUACGCACGCGUUCUUUGUUUCGUUCCCAGCCUCCAUGACAGCGGAGGAAGCGGAGUAGGCCUGUGGUCGAGUGAGCUAAUGGAUCUUCAAGUUGACUAUUGGCUGGUACCGGGAUUAAAAAAGGAUGUUAAUAAGGUACUGUUUAUACUUUGA